GAAUUUUGUUUCAAAUUCAGUCAACUUCCAACAGAAAAGAACAAGAAGGAAAAAUGUCUGGAAAAAUUGCAGUAUUUGUUUUGGCCAUGAUGAUCUGCAGUUUUGGAUUAACCAGGGCAAAGUCUCUUGAAUCUCGUAACCAAUCUGGGAAAUCCUCGAAAACCGUUGAUAACAAAGAUCAUGAAAGAUUUUGGUGGAUUCCUUUAGUGGUAAAAAUUGUUAACGCAGUAGAGAGAGGUGAUCAAUCUGAUGAAGCGUCAAAAACAUUUGACAACAAAGAUCAGGAAAGAUUCUGGUGGAUUCCUAUAGUGGAGGAAAUUGUUCGAGCAGUAAAGAGAGGUGACCAAUCUGAUGAAGUUUUAAAAACAUUUGACAACAAAGAUCAGGAAAGAUUCUGGUGGAUUCCUAUAGUGGAGGAAAUUGUUCGAGCAGUAAAGAGAGGUGAUCAAUCUGAUGAAGCGUCAAAAACAUUUGACAACAAAGAUCCGGAAAGAUUCUGGUGGAUUCCUAUGGUGGAAGAAAUUGUCCGAGCAGUACAGAGAGGUGACCAAUCUGAUGAAGUUUUAAAAACAUUUGACAACAAAGAUUAGGAAAGAUUCUGGUGGAUUCCUAUAGUGGAGGAAAUUGUCCGAGCAGUACAGAGAGGCGAGGCGGAUAUGUUGUCUAAUUAAUGAAAGCAGAAGUUGAAUCAAAGCAUUACCUAUAUUCUAUAUUAUUCAUGAGUAACCUAUCUGAAAAAAAAUAUUGGAUUCAAUGGUUAAGUCUUAUCGAGCAAAUUUGAAAAUACAGAUGACGAUUCAAUGAUGACCCGUGUCUACUUCCGAUUUUGAUUUACGUAUUUUAUCGUGUGAAAUCUAACCUAAUUAUUCAAAAUAAAUUACAUCAAAGCAUG